GGCCCGAGCCCGAAACCGAACCCGUGCUGCACGCUCCGGGGACGGCCCUCAGCCAGCCGCCGAGCUCCGGGCGAAGGUAAGGGAGGGUCGCGAGUUCGGAGACGCGCUCGGGAGAGUCGCGCUGCGGGGGUCCCCGGGCCGUUGCGGUGGAUUGGAUUGGAUUGGCUUGGGUUGGAUUCUUGUCCUCCCGCGCGCAAGACGCGGUUUUCGUGCGUAACAUAGCGAAGUCCGACGCUGCGUGCGCUGAGGAGCGGAGCAGCCCCGUUUGCGGGGACGGGAUCGGGCGGCCCCCCAACAGCCCCCGCCCGCCCGGGGCACCGCGACGGGACGACCCGGGGCGCCGCUCGCCUCUGCGCCGACACUUCGCUUUUUUGAACUUGAAGUACCGAGCGCUAAUCCUGGCCCGCUAAUUGGAAAAACUGACAUCGGUUUCCUUCUGCUGUGUAAAGAAAGCCCAGUGGUACUUCCAGCUAGUUAAGUUAUUUGCCAGCAGAAGGGUUUUGCAGCCCUCGUUGCCGUUUUGGGAGGGUAAUAUGACCUAAAUGAAACCAAACAUCAAGCUGUUAAAUUAGCACGGACGGGAGCCCAGCUGUGCACUUUCCUUGCAGGCUGCGCUCGCACGUUGCCCCGAGCCGUGAGGCAGCCGAGGGAUUCGUUUCUGAGAAUCCUUCAAGGUUUCUCAACGAGCUGCAGCUGCAGAUCUAUAUCUGACUGUAGGGAUAAAUCCUAAAAUCUAUGCUUGCCAGUAAGGUCACGGCAGCCGGCGGAGACGUAUCGAACCGCACUGUCAGAGGCAGGCAGCUCAGGCCAACCUUGUUCCUGGUGCAGCACUGCUAAUUCCUUUGAAGUAACACGAGGGAUGAAUUUAGUCCCUAUGCUGAGAGAUAUAUCAAUAGGAAGCAAUUUAGAUUGGGCCACUUAAAGUGCAUGUAAUACAAAAAAGAGAGAGAGAGAUAGAGACAGAGGAGUAAUGCUUCGAGGGUUCACAGAGGUUGAUGUGUGUAAGCUGGUGAGGCUGGAGCACCGCUGUCCCAGGGGAAAGUUGGGGGAAUGGGAAAUUGCCUUUUAUGGCUGAGCCUCAGGUUAGCAGGAGAGAGGGAAGGAGGCUGAGGAUCCCCAGGCAGUGCUGCGGCCGCCCCCUCCAGCUGCCUGCAGGCUGUGCCCUGCUGCAGCAGUGCCCUCCCAACUGCACGCCGGGUCCUGGUGCUGUCCGAGUUCAGACUCUGCUGGGUGGGGGAAGAAUAGCUGCUGGAAAGCCGCCCCGCCGUAGCCACUGACGCUAUGGAAGACCGCAUCCGCUGGCCUAGGCUGUAGGAUGGUAGCGCACAGCAAGGUGUCAGCAGACAAUGCAGUUGCAGCAGACCCGCGAUGUCUACUUGACCCUCCGGCACGGGAUCGCUCUCAGGCUCGAGGUUACCGCGGCACAGGCCGGCCUGGCGCUGCGCAGGCACCGAGCAGCACGCACUUCCGAACCUUUCGCUCGCAAGCGGAUUUCAGUAGCAUCACUCGAGCAAGCAGCCUGCUGGAUGCCUGCGGCUUCUACUGGGGACCGCUGACCGUCAGCGCCGCCCAUGAGAAGCUGAAGUCUGAGCCCGAGGGCACCUUCCUCAUCAGGGACAGCACGCAGAAGAAUUGUUUCUUUGCCAUCAGUGUUAAAACCGCGACCGGGCCCACCAGCAUCCGGAUAAACUUUCAGACGGGGCGUUUCAGCCUGGAUGGCAGCAAGGAGACCUUUGAUUGUCUUUUUAAGCUGCUGGAACAUUACUUAAGCUCCCCGAGGAAGGUAUUGGUCACCCCCCUGCGCAAAGUCCGUGUGCAGCCCCUGCAGGAGCUCUGCCGGAAGAGCAUCGUGAAGACUUUUGGAAGAGAGAACUUGAACCAGAUCCCUCUCAAUCCUGUUCUAAAGGACUAUCUGAAAUCCUUCCCGUUUCAGAUCUAAGUACAGCAUUAACUGUAUAGAGACAUGUGAGAGAUGUGUGAAGAAAUCCAGCUUCCUGGGUUUUUAAACAUGUUUGACAGUGAGCAAACCUAUUUUUGUAGCAACUUACUGUAUUUUGAAAUGCAGCUUGAACACUUGACUUCCGAUGUUUACAAAAACUGUUUGCACAAACCUGGGGUUUUAAAACCCUGGCAUCAUUUUUCUGCCAAGCAGAGUAUUUUAUUAUUUUAUAAUAUUUUUAAUGCUAUUAAUGUAAUAAACUUUAUUGUGAAAGUUUUUAGAAAA